GUAAUUCAUAAUCUUUACAGCUGACCUCUCACAAACAUCGAUUGUAAAUCCGUCAUAGUCAUAACUAAUAUCCGGAAACUGAUCGUCCAACGUGAGUUGUCGUAAAACUCGUGCGCGUUCGGUUUAGCGCACGAAGGCCGCGCGAAGGGCGGGCGGCCAGUCAGUCGGACCGCUGAACGCGCGAAGUGCGCCUUACCAAUAAGUUCCUCAUACAGUUUUAAAGUUUCUAAAUCGCGAUGUUACGGACAUUGUCGUUAGUCCUUUGCGUUGUGGCAGUGAGUCAGCAGUUAGACAUAUCAAAGUUCUCCGUACCAGAAGCAGUGGAGAAAGGCAGCGAUGCCGAGUUGCUAUGCGAGCACGAUGGCACAGAGAAGGUGGCCAUAGUGAAGUGGUUCUGGAGACCGGACGGCGUAGAAGAGCCGACGCUGAUAUACCAGCGCGUGUUAGGGGACGAGCAGCAAAUCAUCAUACCGAGGACUGAGCCGCUUCUUAACAUCACAUUAAUAGAAGAAGACAAACACAAUCUGGCGCUAUGGGACCUGCAGCCCGAGCAUUCCGGCACUUUCGAGUGCAAAGUGGAGGAGGAGCAAGACUUCCAAGAAAGGAGAAACGCCUCGGACAUGGUGGUAUUCAGCAUAGGGGACGGGCCGAAGCUGUCAUUUGAAGGCGAGGAAAAAGUCCUAGUGGUUUGCGAAGCCGUCGGGGUAGCGCCGCAGCCUAAUAUCACCAUCAGCUAUGACAGCACCACAUUCAACACCACAGUCCUAGAAGGCCCGAUCGACGGGCUAUACAACGUGUCCACCAACGCAACACUCAACCGGCAAGACAUCGAAGGCGUGGAGAUCUCCUGCAAACUCUCCUUUGAAGAUGAAGUCAUCACGUCGGAUGUUAUGGCGGUGGCUGACACUUAUCACUCAGAUGGGUGGGUCGCGACCAGCACCGCUGCGCCGGAGGACACCACAGACUCUACAGAGGUCCCCGCGGCGCUCGGGACCGAACCUACCCCCGACGGCGCCGAACGCACGACCGCAGUUUGGGCGCUAGCGGCGCUCGCGACCCUUCUACACCUGCAACUCUAACAUGUGAUACUAACAAUAGUCUAAUUUAUACGAUUACUUAAGUUUCAUCGCUGUUGUUAAACAAUUUAUUUUUUUAUUAAAUUUAUUAGAAAUA